CUGCCACUCCCUCUAAAGUGAUGACUCUUUGAGGACUUACUGACUUUGGGAGUAGCAGAAACUGCCACCAUGCCUGCGAAGCCUGCCCCUAUCAAGAAGGCAUCCCCGAAAGCGCCUGCUCCUAAGAAGGAGGAAGCACCUGCCCCUGCACCCGUGGAGGCGGCUCCUGCUGAAGUUGCUCCCCCUGUCGAGGUCGAAGCUCCACCGGCAGAGGCUGCCCCUGCCGAAGCAGCUGCCCCUGCCGAGGCUGCUCCAACCGAAGAAAAGGCUCCCGUAGAACCCGCUCCUGAGCAGCCCAAAGCACCCACACCCCCUCCUCCAAAUGAGCCCACCAGUGAGCCCUUGGAAGUGACAGUGGACGACAAGAGCGACACUUCAGUGACCAUCACCUGGAGGCCUCCAAAGACCAUUCCAGCCAACUCUGGCCUGGAUGGGUACACUGUGGAAAUCACCAAGGAGGGAACUGAAGACUGGAAAGUAGCCAACGAGGAUCUGACCGUGUCCUGCCGUUAUGUCAUCAAGAACCAGACUACCGGUGACCGUCUGCUGAUCCGGGUGGUUGCUGUAAACCCUGGUGGCCGCAGCCCCCCUGCUACCAUCGCUGACCCUGUUCUGGUCAAGGAGGUUGGGGCUCGCCCCAAAGUCCGCCUGCCUCGUUUCCUGAGGCAGAGGUAUGUCAAGAAAGUCGGCGAGAAGAUCAACCUUGUCAUCCCCUACUCUGGCAAACCUAAGCCAGUGGUUAGCUGGUUAAAGGAUGGACAGCCCCUCGACUCCAAAAGGGCCAACAUCCGUACAUCUGACAGAGACAGCAUCCUGUUCAUCCGUCAAGCAGAGAGGGGGGACUCUGGCUCAUACGAAAUGUCCGUGAAGGUGGACGACUUUGAAGACAAAGCUGCUAUCAUCAUCCAGAUUAUUGAGUUGCCUGGGCCACCAGCCAGCAUUAAGAUUGUGGAUGUCUGGGGAUUCAACGUUGCUUUGGAGUGGACCGUACCCAAAGAUAAUGGUAACACAGAGAUCACAGGCUACACUGUCCAGAAAGCUGACAAGAAGACCGGGGACUGGUUCAACAUUUUGGAGCACUACACCAGACUAAACGCCACCAUCUCAGACCUCAUUAUGGGCAACACCUACACCUUCAGGAUCUUUGCAGAGAACAAGUGCGGACUCAGUGAGGAAUGUGCCGUGACCAAGGGAGAAGCCACCAUUGUGAAGGAGGUUAUUGACUACAAACCUACCCCGUUCGUGGAGCAUGACUUCACCGAGGCUCCCAAGUUCACCACUGUUUUGAACGACAGGUCCACCACUGUUGGCUACAGCACCAAGCUGCUGUGCUCUGUGAGGGGAUGCCCCAAGCCUAAGAUCAUGUGGAUGAAGAACAAGAUGAUUCUCAACAACAUGGACAACCCCAAGUACAGGAUGAUCAGCACAGGGGGCAUCUGCACCCUGGAGAUCCGUAAGCCUGGCCCAUACGACGGUGGUGAGUAUGUCUGCAGAGCCGAGAAUACACUGGGGAAGGUCGACACCGGCUGCAAGCUGGAGGUCAAAAAGCCUUUGCAUGCAGACACUGACAAAGACGAGUAGGAACAGUAAAUGCACAUGCAUACAGUCCCAAAUUAGAAGCGGAAUGAGGCCUUUACAAAAAGGAUGGUUCUGGAUGCUGGAAAAAAAAAAACAUGUACAUAUGACUGACUGGAGAGAACAAACAAUGAAAUGGUUCAUGUCUACAACCGCUGUAUCCUACCCUUUCCUAUAUUUAUGAAGAUUUUGUUUUUGUUGCCUUUUAUUUAUUUUUCUUCCUUAGUACUCUCUGGUAUAGAGUUCAUAUCCAUGUCCACAACCAACUCAGAUGUCAACAACUGUCUGUCACAUUGUAAUUCUGAAUAGGUCUCCAUUAUAUAGAGCAAAUCGAUUGUUACUGAUUGGAGAUUAAAGAUGUAAAACCUCGGAAUGUGUUACAAUAUUUUGAUUUAAUGCCUUUCUUUUGUUGAAUAAACCUACAAUUGAAUAAACCUUCUCUAACCUGAAGUAAAAAUGA